UGUGGGCCGGAGGCGGGCCCGGAGCAGAGGGCGCUCUGGAAUCCCAGGAACAAGACCUAUCCAUGCUUCUGUGGUACCCACCUGGUGACUCAGGGUGACUGCAGCUGUUCCCAGUGUGACAUGGUGACACCAUGGAGGGGCAUCAGGGCUCUGCAGGACUCGAGGAAAGGCUGACUGGCUGCCCAUGCUGGAUCGGCUUUCUACCCUCAUGGCUCAGAGAGUUGAGGAAUUCACCUUGUUCCUUCAUUCCCGGCUAGAGGAUGCUGAUUGGUGCUAACCAAACUCAGAAACCCACAGUAACAGAUUGAAGGUGGAUACAUGAAGAUCCCAAAGACAGCUGCACUGACUUUAUUUUCUUGGGCCAGACACAGUGUAGGGCCCAGAAGCCCUGUGUUGCUUCCAGGAUACCUUUGGUAUACAAUUUAGGACAAUGAAUCCUGUGAGUGAUGGGGGCACAUCAGAGAGCAUUUUUGACCUGGACUAUGCAUCCUGGAAGAUCCGUUCAACCCUGGUGGUCGCUGGCUUCACCUUUUACCUGGGUGUGUUCGUGGUCUGCCACCAGCUGUCGUCUUCCCUGAAUGCCACGUACCGCUCUUUGGUGGCCAAAGAGAAGGUCUUUUGGGACCUAGCAGCCACACGUGCUGUUUUUGGUAUUCAGAGCACCACCGCUGGCCUGUGGGCUCUGCUGUGGGACCCUGUGCUUCAUGCUGACAGGGCGCUUGGUCAGCAGAACUGGUGCUGGUUUCACGUCACAACGGCCACUGGGUUCUUUUUCUUUGAAAAUGUAGCAGUUCACCUGUCCAACUUAUUCUUCCGGACAUUUGACUUGUUUCUGGUUGUCCACCAUCUCUUUGCCUUUCUUGGAUUUCUGGGCUCAGCGAUCAAUCUCAGAGCUGGCCACUACUUAGCUAUGACCACGUUGCUUCUGGAGAUGAGCACCCCCUUUACCUGCAUUUCCUGGAUGCUCCUAAAGGCUGGCUGGUCCGAUUCUCUGUUUUGGAAGCUCAACCAGUUGCUGAUGAUCCACAUGUUUCACUGCCGCAUGGUCUUGACCUACCACAUGUGGUGGGUGUGUUUCUGGCACUGGAACGACCUGGUCAGCAGCCUGUAUCUGCCUCAUUUGGCACUCUUCCUUGUUGGGCUGGCCCUCCUUACACUAAUCAUUAAUCCAUAUUGGACCCAUAAGAAGACUCAGCAGCUUCUCAAUCCAGUGGAUUGGAACUUUGCACAGCCAGAAACCAAGAGCAGUUGGCCAGAAAGGACCAAUGGUCAGGUGCUACAGAAGAAGAAGAGGACAUAGCUGCUCGGCAGCCACCAGACGAUUCCCGCAGUGCCAGCAGAUAAGGCACACGGGAUACUGCAAAGUUCCGUGAAUAAUGACUUUUGUGAUAAAGGAGGUGGCGAAUGUUUUGUGUUAGUUUUAAGUGCAAUACUAACUUUCUCUUACAUUAGUAUUAAUUUUGAAGUAGCCUCAACGUACUUUGAGACCCUGAUUUGCCUUUAGGAACAGAUUUUUGUCAUCAUAGUUUCUUUGACUGUUCUGGCUUAUUCCUGAAAGCUUAACCACAUUGGACCAUGUUUUCCCAAGGCAGCGCAUGCUGGUGAGGAGCGAGGACAGCUUUGUGUGGAUACUUGAAGUGACUUCACACUGCCAGUGCCACACAGUGGGGCAUGGUCAAGUCAGCAUUGAUUUUUUUCUGGUCACACACACUCCAUGUGUCUUACUCAAAAGUUAUAUUCUUUUUAGUUGGAAAGAAUUGGCCUAAGAUAGAAAAUAAUAUGAUUUGUUACCCUUGUUAAAAUUUCCCAGUGUAUGAAAUUUUAAAACCAGGGGUAUAGCAGUGCCAUCUUGUGGCAAAUGGUAUAAAGACGUUGUCAUGGUGUAAUGACCCUCCUGUGGGAGCAGAGGUGCCUUGGAGUUUGCCCAUCCUGAGGUGGGUGUGGGGUGGUCUUGUGGGAGCAGAGAUGGCUUGGAGUAUGUCCACCCUGACAUGGGUAUGGGAUGGUCAAGAUGAAAUCUUGUUAAGUUUUUGGUUUUAAAUCAAGGAACCUAUUUUAAAAUGAGAAUCUUUUAUUGUGUUUGGUAAUCAGAUUUGUCUAGGUUUUAGGGCCAUUUUUAAUUGGCUAAAUUGUCCAUAGUUUCCCAGAUUAGACCCGAAUUCAUUGGUUGGUGUUUCUCUGUAGAUUUCAAGACAAGGUAGUAGUAACUUUAUCCUACAAGCUAUGGGGUAGACCUGGGCACCUCAGAGAUCCUCAGCUGUAGGCCCCGGGCCCACAGCAGGUCUUUGCCAUUGCCUGCCUGAUGAUGGGUUCUAAGGUACAUUAUUUUUACUGUGUUGGACCCAGAUGCAGUUUAUACAUCAAUUUAACAGUUUUAUAGACAUAUGCAAAUUUCAUUUACCAUCAGCGUGCAAUUAAAAUUCAAAGUUGAUUUUUUAUCCAAAGCACCUUUCAAGUGUUUGCGGAAAACAUGUUUAUUGCUCAUGAAAAUAAUGUGUGACGUGUGCUUAUUAUGUAUCAUGGAACUCUCAGAAUAGUGUAUUUUAUUACUGGUACUUGAACUUUAUCGAUUAUAUUUACGUCAAGAUAUAUAAUACCUAUUUAUCUCAUUUUAAGAAAUUAUUUAAGUUUUAAACGUAUCCAGCAAGUUGUAUGCUCCUGAGACUGUUAGCUGAAAGCCCUGUAGCUCCUUGAGGCUCACUCUCUAUGCAGUCAUGUCCUUUCUUGUGGAAUCAGCAGUAGCUGGUGUUUUUCGACUGGGCAGAAAGUUAAUAAAGUAACUGAUGUUUAGAGA